ACUCCCUCCCUCUCUCUCCCUCUCACAGUCACUCAGUCAGUUGCAACAACACGCUCACCGAGGUCGGCAGCACAAAGACGAGAGACGCUCUCUUACUAGCUCGCACACACUCUCACUCACACAGACAUACCACACCACACACACACGCUGAUACACACACACGCACUCAGACACUCGACACACACCUCCUGAGUGACACCCCGAGGAGCUGAAGCAAAACUGACCGGAGGAAGGAAGGAGGGGAAAGAAAAGCUGACCAUAAGAUAAGAAAAAGUGAAAGGAGAGAAGAAGACCGGUGCAGAUUCAAUGAGAACAUCAAAGAUUUUGGGAAAAUAUUAACCAGGUUGUCCAAUUGAAGAGCUCCCUCCUGAGGCCCCCUGCUGCCUGAUAACAAGCACAACUCUAUACAAGUCUUGGAGCUUCAUGAGUGUGUGCACAUAACCUCCACUCCACCUGUGUGUGUGUGUGUGUGUGUGUGUGUGUGUGUGUGUGUGUGUGGGGCACCAUGCUGUGGACAGUGCUACUAGCACUGCUGGUGCUUCUGCUGCUGCAAACUCAGCUGUCUGUGUGCUUAAGGGAAUUACGCAGUGGGGCUUCCAGCUCUCCUGCCUACUCCUCUUCAUCAUCCUCUUCCUCCUCCUCUUAUAAUGCCACCCAGCAGCGGCUGCCCGGAGCUAUUAUUAUUGGUGUGCGGAAAGGCGGCACCAGAGCCCUGCUGGAGAUGCUCAACCUGCACCCAGAUGUGGAAGUGGCAAAGGCUGAGGUGCACUACUUCAAUGUGGAGGAGCACUAUCGUCGAGGCCUGGCCUGGUAUCGAGCCCAGAUGCCCUUUACCCUCCUUGGUCAGCUGACGGUAGAGAAGACCCCCGGCUACUUUGCGGCCCCCCAGGUUCCUGCACGUGUCUGGGACAUGAACCCCGCAGUUCGCUUGUUACUUAUUGUCCGAGACCCAGCCGAGAGGCUGGUGUCCGACUACACCCAGGUCCUCCACAAUCGCCUGACCCGCCACAAGCCCUACCAGCCUCUAGAGGAGCUCCUGAUCCACAAGGGCCACAUUGACCCUGGGUACAAGGCACUGCAGAGGAGCCUGUACCACCAGCAUUUUGCUCGCUGGCUGGAGGUCUUCCCCAGGGAGCAGAUCCAUGUGGUGGACGGCGACGCCCUCAUUCGGGAUCCCUUUCCCGAGUUAAGAAAGGCUGAGAGGUUUCUGGACCUGCCGCCCAGGAUAAGCCCCAACAACUUCUACUACAACACCACCAAGGGCUUCUACUGCCUCCUGUCUGCAGGACACGACAAGUGCCUGGAUGAGUCUAAAGGCAGGCCACAUGCGCCGCUUAGCACGCAGGCCUUUAAGAAGCUUUGUCGCUACUUCAGGAAGCCCAACAAGUUGUUCUUUGAAAUGGUUGGGAGGUCGUUUUCCUGGUGCUGAUCCAGUGGCGAAUAGCAAUUAAGGAGAUAAAACAUGUCCUAAACAAUGCCAACACAUUCAGGGACACAGUGAGAGACAGAAAACUGUUGUUUGUGUAUUUUUUGUAGGUAGAUGAGUGGAAAUAUUUUGGUUUAACUCAAGUCAUGAACAUCUCCUGUUGUUGAUACCUACUCAGGUAUAAAUGUGGCCAACAAGAGCAGCACACGUGUGUGUGUGAAGAUACAAUUCAAAUUGCUUGUGUUGAACAUGUGGCCAACACAAACCUUUACAAAGACCAUUCUGGUGCCUCCUUGGAUAAACUCACUUGACGAAGCUGUGAUAACUGUGCCAUACACAAGUUUGAAAAUGCAACUAACUGCUCAUUUGUGCUUGUUUGUGGGGUGUUAAAACAAGAUGUGCAAACUUUGAACUCAUGUAGAACUAGCGAUGAAAAGAUGGUUGAAUUAAUUCAUUGUUGCACUAUGAACUCCAAUUGCAUAAAAAGUCAAUCAAGGUUCAAUGUAGGCAAUUUUAAACGGAAACCAUCUGCUUGCUUUACGUUUUCAGUUGUUUGUGUGUUAGUAAAAAUGUUUGAGUUGAGUUUAGCUGUUAUUUUAAGGUACAAACUUAUAGAUGUUCAGUGAAAAUAUCUAUAUUUGAGGCAUUUUGAAAGUAGCAACACUGAAAACUUGUUUAUUUGGUUUCCCUUUGGUUUCAAGGCUGAUGUAGUUCUAUUGCUAGCUUGUGUCUUUUUUAAAAACAACAUUCUAAUAAAUGUGUUCAGUCCUGCUGUCUCCUCUCUGGUGCCACACUGCAUUGAACCCAGCUGUAAGGUUUAAAAACAUCAAAUAUGAAGACACAUAGUUGCUGACAGGCCUCUGAAAGCUCCCCCUCUCUCAAAGUGUAUAAAGGUUUUGCCUGUCAGUGUCUAUAUAACAUGUUCUUUACAUCAAGGAACAAAGGACGCCUACAUUUCUUUACAUCAUGAAGUCAAGGAAUUACGUCCACUUUCACCAUCACACUGUAACAAAUCACACCUGUUUGAUACCUGACUUUACUGAAAGUUGGUAUCGAUUAUAUAAUUUAAGUCAGUUCAUCUGGAAGGACUAGGUCAUACUGACAUGUCAUGACAUCAGUGCAGCCACUUUGAAUUACAAGAUUAAAGGGAAAGUGAGCUGCUUUUAACGCAGACAUUUCUUUUGUUUUAUGUGAGUCUCACUAACCCACAAUCCUUUAGGGUGUAAGAUUAAACACAGUUAAAUACAACCGUAUUGGCAAAGCAGGCAUUAUGUUCAAAUUUUUACAUCUGAUGUGCUGAAUCUUGACAAUUUUUUUAAAUUUCAGUGUUCAUUUUUAUGUAGUCACAAGGCUGUGCUUAAGGCCUGGUUAGUUUUAGACACAAAAAACACCUGGUUAGAGUUAGGAAUUGUGGAUUUGUUGUCGAAAACAAUGCUGGAAACUCUCUUGAUGUCGCUUUGAAAAUAUCCUCGUGAGGUUCUGGAGGCACAGCUACAAAAUGUUCCAGCCUGUUCGUUGGUUGAGGCGGUCUUGAACAGUGGUCUCUCUCGGACAAGCCACAAGCCCAGCUCCUUCACUUUCAGAUGCAAAACUCAGCUCAUAUACAUUUAAUGUAAACCUUGAAAUGACACAUAUUGUAGAUAUGUUGAUGUGAAAUGUAUGAAAUUUACUUUAUUUUUUAUUAUUUUAUUCUGGCUCCAGAUCUUGUUGAAUGGGGAAACUGUUUAUCCCCCAGAAAACAGGUAUAAAUCUAACUAGGCCUACAACUAGUGAUUAUUUACAUUAUUGAUUUAUUAGCUAUUAUUUACUUAAUUAAUCAAUUAUUUUGUUUGGAAAAAUGUUUGAGAAUAGUGAAAAUACUCAUCACAGCUUCCUUAUGCUCAAAGCAACAUCUUCAAAUGUCUUGUUUUAUAUGAGCAACAGUAUAAAAUGAGAGAUAUUUAACGUAAUAACACCCCCCCCACC